AUGCAGCGGCUGCACGCCAUGCGGAUGGAGCUCUUCGGCUUCGGGGGCUGGCUGGCCUCCGCGCUCUUCUACGUGUUGUUCUUGGUGUGGGCGUACGUGCCCGAGGCGACGCUGGAAGCCUACGGGUUCACCUACUUCCCGUCCAAACACUGGGCGGUGGCGGUGCCGUCCAUGAUCGUCGUGACCUACCUCUUCUCGCUGGUGCUCUACAAGGCAGUGAACCUGCUGUCCACGCCUGGCCUCGGGUCCUACGCGACCAUCCUCGACACGCACACGGUGCUGCUGCCCGAGGGCACCGCGUGCUUUGAAGACGACACGGAGGCGACGCCCGGGAUCGGGGAUAUCUCCAUCUUUGAAGUCAACCGGCACUUGUUCUCGUCGGCCAACGAAGACAUGCAGGUCAACGAGGAAUAG